AAGUGGGCCCUGUUUUGCUUCAAUUGACAAGCAUCGCGACCUAUAUAACACCCCAUGAUCUAUCAAACUUCCACAUUGCCAAGCUCAUCAGCAUCAUUGUUCAAUCAUAGACAAGAUAUAGUCUUUUUGUUCUGUUUUGUUACUUUCAAAACCAACGACUCCUCCAUGGCAUCGGCUAGCUCUUUGGCUUUGGGUUCAUUGGCCAUCUUUGGUCUGGCUAUGGCACUGGGAACUUUGAGCUCCCAAGCUGAGGGUCGGGCCUUUUUUGUGUUUGGAGACUCACUUGUUGACAAUGGCAACAACAACUACUUAGCCACCACUGCUCGCGCUGACUCUCCUCCUUAUGGCAUUGACUAUCCAACUGGUCGACCCACUGGCCGUUUCUCCAAUGGCUUCAACAUCCCUGAUUUUAUCAGCCAGCAACUUGGUGCAGACUCCACAUUGCCAUAUUUGAGUCCAGAGCUCACUGGACAGAAGCUACUAGUUGGUGCCAACUUUGCCUCUGCUGGCAUUGGCAUCCUCAAUGACACUGGAAUUCAGUUUGUCAGUACUAAUUACUUUUAUGCA